ACACUUCUCCCAGAAUGGCACUCCUUUUCCCUCCAUCCACGCCUUGGGCGCGCCCUGCACGCGCAAAAAUUCCAAAGCCCCACACCCAUACAGUCACAAGCUAUCCCUCAUGCCCUCGAGGGACGCGAUCUAAUCGGAGUCGCUGAAACAGGAUCCGGAAAAACACUCGCUUACGGUCUUCCCAUUCUCCAUCACCUCCUUUCGAAUUCCAAACAAGCUUCUGCGGCGACCAAGACUCGUCGCUCACUGCGAGCGCUCGUGCUUACCCCCACCCGCGAGCUUGCUCUCCAAGUGUCCACCCACCUGAACGCAUGCCUGAAUGACUAUUCUCUAGCCGAUCUCGAUACCAAUGCACCCACUGGACCAAAGGCACCGCCAUUGGUCAGCGUUGCCGCCAUGGUCGGCGGCAUGUCUGCACAAAAGCAACGCCGCAUCUUGGAUCGCGGCGUUGACGUGCUCAUCGCGACUCCUGGGCGGUUGUGGGACAUCAUCGAGCAGGAUGACAAGCUUGCCAAGGAUAUCAAAGCUUUAAAGUUUCUCGUCCUUGAUGAGGCGGACCGUAUGAUUGAGACCGGGCAUUUUGCUGAGCUGGAUAACAUUCUCCACUUGACGCAGAGGCAAUUUCAGUGCUCGUUUGCUUCUGAAGAGAUACGAGAGGAUGUAUCGGCAAACGACAAAAUGCAGACCUUUGUCUUCUCCGCGACCUUGAGCAAAGACCUGCAGCGCAAUUUGAAGAAGCGGCAAAAAGCACGCGUAUCGAAAAAAGGUGAUCCCCCUGCGUCGACAUUAGACGAUCUCGUGCUGCGACUGGACUUCCGUGAUCCCGAACCUGAGGUCAUGGAUCUCAGCCCCGUUGGUGGUGUGGUUUCCACGCUUAAUGAGAGCAAAAUCGAGUGCAUGUCAGGCGACAAGGACUCUUAUCUUUAUUACUUUCUCCUGCGUUAUCCGGGUCGCUCGCUGGUCUUCCUCUCUUCCAUCGACGGUAUCCGGCGUCUCCUUCCUUUGUUCGAACUUCUCGACCUGCCAGCUUUCCCACUUCAUUCUCAACUGGAACAACGCCAACGCCUCAAGAACCUCGAUCGCUUCAAAUCUCUCCCAAAUGCCAUCUUGCUCGCGACGGACAUCGCUGCUCGAGGACUGGAUGUGCCCUCGGUAGACCAUGUCGUGCACUACCAAAUCCCACGCACGGCCGACGCGUACGUACACCGAAACGGUCGUACGGCGCGUGCAAAAAGAAGCGGUUUCAGCAUGUUGAUGUGUGGACCAGACGAAAGGCGGCUUGUGCGAGCGCUGCUGGGUAGCCUUGGCCGACAGGAAAGCGACAUCCCGGAAAUGUCAGUCGAGCACCAUCUCCUGGAUAAGCUCAAGCCGAGGCUGCAAUUAGCGAAGCAGAUUGACAAGCAGCAGCAUCAGAUCAAGAAGGCAAAUCACGAGAGAAACUGGUUGAAGGCCACGGCGGAAGCCAUGGACAUCGAGCUUGAUUCUGAUUUCGCAUCGAGUGAGGAGGAGGAUGUGGGCCCGACCAAACGGGAGGUGAAAACACAAAACUCCAAGACGGCAGCACUCAAGGGGGAAUUGAAGCGACUCCUCGCCCAACCACUUGUCGCUCGUGGUGUUUCGACGAGAUACAUCACGUCAGGCAGUCGGCCCAUCGUGGAUGAUAUUCUCGCGGGAGACUAUCACGAAGGCAUGGUCGGAGUCAAAAGGACUGAAGCAACGCAUGAUCUGGUGCACACAAAAAAGACGAAGAAG